CGUGGCUGAGUGUAUCUUGACAGCGACGUUCGCGCAAGUCGCGCGAGACAGACAAGAACUCACGGGACUGCGCGCACGGAGGGCGCGGAGGACGUAUCGCGCGUAUCAUACCGGGGGCGUUUUGUUAGAGCGCACGCACGCACGCACGCACGCACGCACGCACGCACGUACGUACGUUCGCUUCGGUCGGAGUGUCGGCGGUUUGCACAAGGCCGCGUGUACCUUUGGUUUACGUCGCGCACUUGAUGGAGCGCGAUACGGCUUCUCGCGGCUCAACGUGACGUUCUCCUCUCCGGCUGCGAUUGGCCGCGACUCGACCGCCGUCGAUCGCUGUCGGUUGUCGCGAACGAUCAGGAACGUCGAGCGCCAGGAACGCGUGAUGAGUGUUCCGGUGCACUCGGCACAGUGUCGACGAGUCUCGCGUACGAUGUCCAGGUGUCAAUAAUAAUACGCCUGAGUCGCGACAGGGCUCGUGAACGAGCCACAGACGGGUCCAAACGGCAAGAUAUGGAGGGUGUCAACGGUCAGCUGCAGACCAAGUAUCAGAAGAUCGCCACGGAAUACUCAAAAAUUCGUGCGCAAGCAAAUGUUCUGAAGAAGGCUGUGAUAGACGAGCAAACACGCAACACGGAUAUUCGAAACCAACUGAAGGAGAAGGAGGUGGAACUUCGCAGAGCCGAGCAGGAAUUGGACAGUUUGACGUUUCGCAAUCAGCAGUUGACAAAGCGUAUAACUGUGCUGCAGGAGGAGCUUGAUAAGGCGCAGAACAAGCCCAAGAAGGGCAGGAACAAGCAGACGCCGGAAAACAACAGCCAGAUUCCAGCGCCGCCGAACAACAUCUUAGACGAAGAGUUUCAGAAGAAGAUAGUGGAGAAUGCUCAAUUGCUAUCACAAAUCAGCGACAAAGACAGCGAGAUUGAAAGUUUGUACGAGAGAAUACAACAGCUAGAAUAUAAAGUGGACCAAUGCGAAAAGUCUAAGGUGGAGUCCGAGUGUCAGUAUCAGGGCGCGAUAGAUAAGCUCGAGAGAGAGAGAAACGACUUGCAGAGGAAGCUGAACGACAGGCAGAAACAAGAGGAAACUGUAUCGUGGUCCAGCAACGAAGGCAAGCGCGAUGGUUACGACUUGGACGCGAGGGGAAUGAAUCAUCGUCAGACGGAACACUCUCCGUUUUCCUCGCCGUCCGCUUCGCGGAGAUCCUCCAAGUCGCUCGGCGAGGGAAAGCCGCAAAAGUUACAGGAAGAGAACAGCGAGUUCCUCUAUGCGAAGUCAUGCGAUCUGGAGAAGGAGCUCAAUCAUUGGAAGGCUCAGUAUCACAUACUCAAGAUCAAACUCGACGAGACAGAACAAAAAGAAUCGACUUUCGGUGAUGACGCGCUGAAACCUCUGGAAAUAAGCAACAUGGUCGGCAAGUUGAGCGCGCCUUUUGCGUUGCCCGAAGAGAUUGAAGCUCGCGAAUUAAGGAUCAGGGAUUAUUUCCUCGAGGAAAUUGAAAAACUGAUCAACGAAAAAUACAUGUGCCACAUCAAGAACUUGGCCAUGGCUGCUAAUAGCGAAGUUAUGCACGUUCAGUUGGAUACGAGUGAAUCGAAGAGAGAGAAGUGCGAGGCGACACUGUUAGAAGCACUUUCCAAUUGCACUGGCUUACAAAAGGAGAAGGAAACGCAAGAGGGCAAUUACAAGUCGCAGCUCAACACUAUGAGCGAACACCUCGCCAAUAUGAACGAGAAACUUAUCUUUCAAACAGACGAGAUACAACAAUUGAAAUUUGAACUAGCCAGCAAGAAUAGUAAAAAGGGAAAAUAAAAGUGAUCCACAUAGAAUGUUCAUUGACAUUCCAUCAGUGACAUGGUCUUAUCGCGAUCGACAUAAUUUUAUGUACACAUACAUACAGCUCAUACUUGCGACCCAGCGGGUUGAUUUACAUACCUUCGCACCUACCCGUAUCCUUAACUCGCGCGAGCUCUCUAACUCGACGUUACAUUAUUUAUGCAAUCAAAAUGAGAGUUUAUCAACAUUAAGAUGUUCUUUUUUUUAUGAUACGCUUAUACAUUACUGAGAUUUAGCUCAUCUUCUAUGUUACAUACAGAGACGCAACGAUUGUUUCUAUUUGCUCACACUUGUUUACAGCGAUCAACUUGCGGUACAGGAUAAAUUGUACAAUCUAAAUUAACAACGAUAGAAAAGGUGUUUUUGGUAUCACUUGUAGGGGCACGUUCAUAGUUGGUCGAGAUAUAAACAGAUACCUCUACAACUGCAAAUUGUAAAUUAUUCCUUAUUAAGUAUUAAGAAACUACACGAAAAAUGUGUACAGCUACUGUUUUGCAGUAGGUGUUGUGAUAAAAAUCAAUGUAUAUUUGCCAAAGCAACUACAUGUAUUGCUUUGCGUGUUUUAAUUAUAAAUAAAAUUCAAUUCUCUAAUU